GGAAUCUGAAAGAUAAGGCUGCAAUAAACUUCGCUCACUUGGCGUAAAGGCAACCCCUCAAUCCAUCUCGUCGUGGGUCCGGCCUGCGAUUCUCCCCACGCAAAUUGCAGCGACAAGCCAAAUGCUAGCGUUCAUCUUCUGAACCUGUACGAUUUCCAUGGCUGCCUCGGCAACCUCCGUUGCGCUCUUGCCCGCAAAAUUUGUAUUCAGGGGACGCAUUGAGCCGUCGAAAUCGAAGUUUCUUGCUCCAAGCUCAUCAUCGCCAAUUCCAUGUCAUUCCGUUUCAAUUUCAUCUCGGUUCCGUCGGCGUAAGCCAUUCGGAAUUCAGGCGUCGGUUUCGAUCUCGGAUCCUCAAGUUCAAACGGGUCCUGAUGAUCUCGUUGCGUCCAUCCUCUCGAAGGUGACAGGAAGUGAUAGAGGAGUUUUACUAACUGAAGAAAAACAUAAAGAGGUUGCCGAAGCGGCUCAAGAAUUGCAAAAGUAUUGUGUAAACGAGCCUGUUAAAUGUCCUCUCAUAUUUGGAGAUUGGGAUGUUGUGUAUUGCUCUGUACCAACAUCACCUGGGGGUGGAUACAGAAGUGCAGUGGGUCGCAUAUUUUUCAAGACAAAAGAAAUGAUUCAGGUUGUGGAAGCUCCUGAUACUGUCAAAAACAAGGUGUCCUUUUCUGCUCUUGGUUUCCUAGAUGGACAGGUUUCUUUGACAGGUAAAUUGAAAGCACUGAAUGAUAAAUGGAUUCAAGUUGUGUUCGAGUCACCUGAACUGAAAGUCGGAGGAUUAGAGUUUCGAUAUGGUGGCGAAAGCGAGGUACAACUCCAGAUUACAUACAUAGAUGACAAGAUUCGAUUGGGAAAGGGUUCUAGAGGUUCAUUAUUUGUAUUUCAAAGACGAGUUUGAAGCUACUCAAUUAAAUUAUGAUUAGUGCUCAUUUGAAAUCUCUAUGCUAAUUUUUGUACUUAUAGACUCUUGUGUAGAAAGCUAAUAAUAUUAAUAUAGACGAGCAUUUAUUAUAAAAAAUA